AUGGAUAUCGAUUUAUCCAACAGGAAUAUCCCGGAGCUGUGUUUUGACGAAGAUGCGAUUACCCAAGAGGAGGCUCUUGCCACGGCCGCUGUAGGGGCUUUGUCGGUCACGAGGAACCGAAUCACUCGAAUUCAAGGGCUUGAUACAGCUUUCAGCAAUUUGACGAGACUCGAUCUCUCAUAUAAUGUAUUAGGUACAGGGACAACCUUGGUACCUGCUUGCUUUGCAAUGGCGGAACGAGGGCCUACUACAAUGCACGGGCACGACAACUACUGUGAAGGUAUUGCACAAUGGAUUGUGGCGCUCCCUCGAACACUAGAGUCCCUUGAUGUCUCACAUAAUUGCCUAAGCAGUUUUGCAUAUUGCUCUUGUACUUCUAAUGGUAGGUCACUUUCAUCAUCAACAGUAUCUGCUGCUGCACCAUCUGAUUUCUAUAUUCGCUACUUGAGACACGCAUGCCCACUCACGUUGAGUUUAUUUUUCGACUCCCACCGUUUUCCAAAAUUACAUCAUCUGAACUUAUCUCAUAAUGCUCUUGGAGUGAGUGUUUCUGAAAGCGAUGCAAUGGAGGGCAUCUGGCAGCGUACUUUUCCCAAAGUGUUAAAGAUGGGCUCGGUUGGCUGCUACACAUGCGCUGUUGAGAACUUAAAUGUUUCUUAUAAUACAGAUUUGUCAUGCGUUAAUUGCUUUUUGUUUAAUGACUACCCACCUAAGAAUGACAGUGGCACGUCUUUGCCACCAUCGUCGUUGUUUGGUUUGGACACAUUGGACUUGCGAGGGUGUAAUAUAAGUGAUUUGGUUGGCUUGUCUGGAGUUUGUCCCUUUGCACCGCGUUUGCAGCGUCUGGAGCUGGAUGGAUCUCCCAUCAAGGAGACUAUUUUGGGUUCUAACCACACGGUCAUAGUCAACAUUAUCAAGUCGCUAAUACUGUCGGCUUCCAUGGAAUUCACUUGUCAUACAUCUGAAUAUGAACUGGAAGGUACAAACAAAGCCUCAUAUCAGAAUGUGGCGCUUCGUAAGGUAGUACAGGAUCUCACCCAGAACCACGGGGACCUUUUUACGGAGUCUCUUAAAAAGCAUCUGGCAUCUUCAACCUCCUCCGAACGGGCCAUCGACCUUGAAUCCUGUGCAUAUGCUUCAGUUUUGUUGGAGGUAAUUCCGAGUCUAAAGCUUCUUGAUGGAUCCCUUCAUGUCGUAGAAUGCAAAGAAGCUAUUAUCAAUGCAACACAGCGCACACUAGUAAUGUUAAGCUCAACCCGUUAUACGCAUCCCUCCAAUGUCACUUCCCAACCUACGACAGCCUCACUCAAGCCGAUGGACGCUCCAGACGCUGAUGAAACUCGGAUCGGCGAAGGCCUCCACCGUAUCGCCUCCACGGUGAUGCCACAGCUCCAUACUCGCGUUUGGAUCGGCGGAUCCCCAUCGUCGCAGGACCCGGAAACCACGACGCCACUUUCCGAACGAACCCAAGAGGGCUUGAUGGCGCACGAAGGCUGCGUUAAUGUGGCACAAGAGGGACGCCUCGUCGAGGUGCCGCUGUGCCCCAUGUCCCUUCCCCUCGGUGAUGGCGACACGGCAGCCUACGAUGCGUUGUGUCAGCGAUCUCAGAAACUAAAGAGGGAGCUUCUGGACAGUCAGAAACGCUGUCGCAGUUACACGGAACAAAGCAAGGAGCUGCAAUCUCAACUUAUGGCUGACCGGAAGCACAUUACUGACCAACACCGAGACAUCCUUCGGCUUCGCGCUGAACGAGAUUUAACACAGGCUAGCUUGCUCGCUCUUAAAAAACGUCUCAAGAAGCGUCAGCAUGAGUUAGCGUACGGAGUGCAGGCGCUUGAGUCCCGAUAUUCCAGUAUGCGCAAACAAGCGGCAAUGAAUCAAAUUAACCAAAGGGAGAAAAUCCUCAAGAAAAAGGAAAAAAACUUGCCGAAACACAAAGGGACUUCUCUACUUUCCACCAUCCGCGACAACUGCCAAUCCCACCAUGAUAACUCAAGACAGAUUCGAAGUGUGGUGCUUCGUGAGGCAGCGAUCCAAAAGAAACUACGUUUACAAAACGAUGAUGAUCCACUAGGAUUCAGUACCAGUCGUUUUCAUAUUGGGAAUGGCAAAGCAGGUGGGAAGUAUGCUAGUCAUGAAAUUAAUUCUGCCUCAGGUGCGAACAACGUAGAGGACGAUGAAUCCCAUCAUUAUUUGCGUUCAUAUCCUCAACAAAAAAAAAUGGAAGCUCAAAAAGCCGCUCAUCGAUAUUGCGGCCGCAUAUCUUCGAAUCAGUACCGCCAGUUGUGCGAGGCCAUCCGCCUAGCAGACCCUUCCAAGGCGUCACCCUCGGCAAGCGGUGAGCUUCCGUCGGGUAAUGUUUCGGCUGUGGAAGCCAGUAAGGCGUCCAAUGAAGGCGCCGCCGACUUACGUGGCCUUGCCGAACAGAAUCUUAGCACGCUUUCGCUAACAGAGCUAUUCGAGGCGGCAGCGUCCAUUCGGCAUCGGCAAUUAGCACUGCAGCAAGUUAGUACUUCGGCUUUUCAGGAAGCCAACGCUUUACAGCCUGCUAUAAAUACUGCAUCUUUUGAGGCUUCCACUAUUAUACAUGCCACCAACACUGCUUUACCAGCUUUUUUUAAGCAAAAAGUUUCAUCGCAAAUUAUAGAUGAGUUAUAUAAUAUAAGCGAUCACCGGCUCACCGCUUCCGAUGUUCCAGAAAAGUUGCAUGCACUUAGCGCGAAGCAUGAUGAUUCCGUCUUUUUAAGCGCACUGGAUCAUGUUGAAAUACCAUCUUCUAUUUCUCUUGCUGGGGACAAUGAUAUUGAGACUGGUGGUGUUGAUGCACUUGAUUCUCUCAAUGUCUUUGGGGGAGACGAAAGUAUCGACAGCCAUCACUCUCCGUCCAAGGCUAAUAGUAUGAUCCAUGCUCUCGUAAAUCAGAAUUCAGUUAAUCGAGGUCUAUUCUAA